AUGUUCCGAGAUUUUUUAGAGGUGGGCGAUGUCGAUAGUGUAUCAGUGAAGGCCUGCGGUCCGGCAGUGGCGGGCGCGAGGCCGCGGACGGUGGGCGGCGCGCAUGAACUUACAUUUAAAGAUUUGCCGCCGCCUUACCGCGAAAACGAAGUCGCCGAGGAAGAGAAUUCUGAAGAACCACAGCAUUUGGUCAACACUCUACCAUGCGAUGGUCUAGACCUGCUAGCUAAUUGCAAAAUUAAAUCUACGACAACUGAUAGUGAAAAGUCAGAGGUAGAAUAUACAGAAAUUCAAGACAUGGGUUUAUGGCACUCCACACCACUGGCCCACCGCCACAAAUCCAAAAUAUCAUUGACGUGGGUCUUAAAGGAAAAUUUGGACAGUGCCAAAAUUCCAAUAGAAAAGUCGCAAGGUGAAGAUAAAUUGAGGAGUUUUAUUAGAAAUGAGGUGGAUCGACAGCGUUAUAGUCAGAAGUUUCAUGAGAACGAUAACAGAAAGUGCAAGUCUAGAGAAGUGAAGGAGAGGGUCGUGGGGCGGAAUGAGUACUAUCAUAAUCUUAGGUUUAGGAGUGCGUGUGAGGAGUUCGUGAACGGGACGGAGUCAGGGUCGGACGACACGAGCGUGGCGACGGGCGAGUACGCGCGGAGGAAGCACCGCCACCGACACCGCCGGCGGAAGAGGCAGAGCGCCAGGUUCGGGUACGACAUACGAGACCUGGAUGGCUUUUUGAGCGAGGCUACAAUAGACCGUCCGGGCAACAUUCCCGUGGUAAUAGCGUACCCCACCACCCUGUACCAGACGCACAAGGAGUCGCAACGGGAGUUGACUCUACCACUAGGCACGGUGGUCAAUGCUGUGUUCAAGAACCAACAGUGGCUCUACGCGCAGACCCCGCAUGGGGAUGAAGGCUACGUGCUGUAUGGAGCUUGCCUGCCGUUGGGAAUACUGCCUAAUAGGACCCCCCAAAAGAAGACCCCAUGUUGGGAGAGCAGCACGGACAUCUAUCCGCGGCCCUGUGGCAACCUCACCGAUACCGAGAAGGAGCAACUGCGCGGGCGCACGCGCUCCGAGUGCCGCUACCGACCAGCAAGGCGGAAACACAAGAACUCGUGCGCAGAAAAAGACUUCGACACCCUAUACUUAAGAACUAAAUCCGUCUGUUCAGAAAUAAACAAACUAGGCAAAGAGAACUAUAAAAACAUAAAAUUACAAAGACAGACUUUGUUAGUUGUGAACAGUGAUUACAAAGGUAGUGUGUUGAAUAAAACGUUAUCAGUGAACCAGGGUGACGUGGUGAUCCUAGUACAGGGCGGGGGCGCCGAGGCCGACGUGGACGCCGAGUGGUUUUACGUGAAGAAGAGAGAUGGAAGCCACGGGUUCAUCCCCGCGGCGAUUGCCGGCCAUGGGUAUAUUUGAGAAGUUUCACAAU